UCACACCCACCUCGGUGCCAGCAAGCAUAGCAUCAAACUCACCUUGUGCAUUGUAAAGAGUCUCUUCGUCAACGUCGCUGGGACCAUCCACCACCCAAACCGCCCGACACCGGUCAGCACUCUAGACACCCGUGUCACCCACCCAAUCCGACGCCGACGUCGGACGACCCACCCGCCUGGCGGCCACCACCUCCCCCCACCGACACAAAACCUGCGUAGUACCACCAUCCAGCUCGCCAUCAUUGCCAGCCGUCGAGGACACAGGUAACACCUUCCCCCAUCGACACCGCAACCAUGCAGUCUGAGGAGUCAUCCCCAGAACCGCCGCAGAGGGGGUCUCCCGGCCACGUCUCUGCAGCUACUGGCAACAAUGGAGGUAGCGCUCUGCCAGCACCGCGGCAGAUCAUCCUCAAGCCUCCACGCCCCGCAUCCGAUGACGACCUCACUCCCGAGCCAUCUGACGACGACGCGGACGAGGAAGGCGAGGACGAGGUAGACAUGGACAGUGAAGCACCUGCCACGGGUCUCGUCUCGAGAAACGACAGCGACUCUGAGCAGGACGAGGAGUCGGAGGACGACUUCGACGAUGACGAUGGUGACGGCGAUGACGACCCAGAUUUUGGCGACCAGCCGAAGAAAAAGGCUGUCAAGCUGCCCAAAGUCGUCAAGAAGCCCGCUCCCACUGUCUUCCCCUCCAAGCGCCCUCAGUCUGACUCGUCGGACGAGGACUACGCAACCAAGUCGCACAAGAAGAAGUUCUUCCAGCGCUCGGGUGCCAACUCUCGCGGCACCGCGACGCCUGACACGACCUUUGGCGACUCGGACACGGGGUCUUGGCGCCGAGGAGCUGCCCGCAAGGUUGUCACCUACAACGAGGCGAGCGUGGACUAUGGCCUGGACAGCGAGGGCGACGAGGACGUCAUGUACUAUGACAAGGAGGCUCCAUUGAUUGAGAACGGAACAGCCGAUGAAAUCGACCUCGUGCUCUCUCACAGCCGCGAUGAGGAGCAUGCAGGCGAUGAGAAGGACAACCCUCACACCAAUCUGCGAUUCCACAUCAAGUGGAAGGAGUACAGCCAUAUCCACAACACCGACGAGAUGUACGCCUUCCUCAAGGGCUACAAGGGCUUCAAGAAGGUGGAAAACUACAUCCAGAAGGUUUGGCAGGUCGAGCAGGCCUACCAUCACCCUGCCCCAGAUGCCAAGUGGAAGCCCACUCGCGAGGACCUGGAGCAGUACGAGAUCGAUCGCGAACGAGUGCGUGAGCUCCAGGACAGCUAUAAGACCGUGGAGCGUAUCGUUGGUGAGAGGGACGACAAGCGUGAUGGCGAGCGCACGACGCAGUUCUUGGUCAAGUGGACCAACCUGCAGUAUGCCGAGUGCACCUGGGAGAAGUAUGACGAUAUCAAGGACCAGGCUCAGGAAGCCAUUGCCGCCUUCCACGCACGGGAGGCUCGCCCAACUGUCCCAGCGCGCUCGGCUUCGUACCCAGUGCACGGUCGUCCAGCAUACCAGAAGAUUGCCGAGGACCCCGAGUACUUGCACGUUGGCGGCGCUCUCAAGCCUUUCCAGCUCACUGGGCUGAACUGGCUUGCUUAUCGCUGGUCGCAGGGUGGGCACGGUGCCAUGCUUGCAGACGAGAUGGGCCUCGGCAAGACUGUCCAGUCAGUCAGUUUCCUGUCGUACUUGUUCCACACCCAGCGGCAGUACGGCCCAUUCCUUGUCGUCGUUCCUCUGUCUACAAUCAACGCUUGGCAGAUGCAGUUCAACACAUGGGCCCCCGAUCUCAAUGUCAUCGUCUACAUGGGCUCUGCUGCUUCCAGGGAUAAAAUUCGUGAAACCGAGUUUGGACCACCAAAGAACCUCAAGUUCAACGUUCUCCUCACCACAUAUGAGUUUAUCCUGAAGGACCGCCAGGACCUCCAGCAGAUCAAGUGGCAGGUCCUCGAGGUCGAUGAAGCCCAUCGCCUCAAGAACAGCGACGCGCAGCUCUACGAGGCGCUGUCAAGCUUCUCCACGGGCUUCAGGCUGUUGAUCACAGGCACGCCCCUCCAAAACAACGUCAAGGAACUUUUGGCGCUCCUCCAUUUCGUGGAGCCAGAGCAGUUCGAGUUGGCCAAUGACUUUGAGCUCGGUGAUGCCGAGCAGGAGGGCAAGAUCAAGGCCCUGAACAGCCAGCUCGAGACCCUAAUGCUGCGUCGUUUGAAGAAGGACGUGGUCAAGGAGCUGCCCACCAAGUCCGAGUCCAUUCUCCGUGUGGAGAUGUCGGGUUUGCAGCAACACUAUUACAAGAACAUCCUUACCAAGAACUUCGCCGUCCUCAGCAAGGGUGGCACCCAGAACGUGUCGCUCAUGAAUGUGGCCAUGGAGUUGAAGAAGGCGGCCAAUCACCCAUACCUGUUCGACGGAGCAGAGGACCGGAACAAGCCUCUUCACGAGCAGCUCCGUGGUCUUGUCAUGAACAGUGGCAAGAUGGUCCUCCUGGACAAGCUCCUUGCUCGACUGAAAGCCGAUGGCCACCGUGUCCUCAUCUUCAGUCAGAUGGUCAGGCUACUCGACAUCAUUUCCGACUACAUGAUGGCACGCGGCUAUGUUCACCAGCGUCUGGAUGGUACAGUCCCAAGUGACGUGCGAAAGAAGAGUAUCGAGCACUUCAACGCCCCUGGAUCACCCGACUUUGCAUUCCUUCUGUCGACGCGUGCUGGUGGAUUGGGCAUCAACCUCGAGACGGCGGACACGGUCAUCAUCUUUGACAGCGACUACAACCCUCAAAACGAUCUCCAGGCAAUGGCGCGCGCUCACCGAAUUGGACAAACGCGCCACGUCAACAUCUACAGAUUCGUGACCAAGGGCACCAUCGAGGAAGAUAUUCUUGAGCGUGCCAAGCGCAAAAUGAUUCUCGAGUAUGCCAUCAUCAACCAAACGGACACGAGCGGUGGUCACAUCAACGGUACCUCCACCCCCAAGGACAAGAGCGGUGACUUCUCUAAGGAGGAGCUCGCUGCCAUUCUCAAGUUCGGUGCAAGGUCAAUGUUCCAGGCCGAUGAGGCUGCUCAGAACCAGAAGCUCGACGCCAUGGAUCUGGACGACAUUCUCACCAAGGCCGACAACUUCGACACCGAGGCAACUGCCGCACCAGCGGGUACCUCGUCUGGUGGUGAAGCUUUCUUGGCACAGUUUGCUGCCAUUCAAGAUGUCAAGAACGACCUUGAUGACCUCAGCUGGGACGACAUUAUCCCCGUCGAGGAGCGAGUCAAGCUGGACGAGGAGGAGAGCCGGGCUCUGCAGGCCGAGGAGCUGGGCUCUCGCAAGCGUGCCGCGGCGCGUGCCCCUGGUGCCUAUGAAGGCAUGGACGAGGCCGACCCGGACCUCGAUGCCGAGCGUGGAAGCAAGGCCGCUUCACCUGCAGAGAAGAAGGCCAAGAUUUCUGGGCCAAGGAAGAGCAAUGCGCAGCGGGCCAUUGAACUCAAGGAUCGUGACCUGCGCGUGCUCAUCCGUGGGUUACAGAAAUGGGGCCCAAUCCGCACCCGCUAUGACACCAUUGUCGACGAGGCCAAGCUGUCGGCAAAGAACCGCGUCGUGGUUAUCCAGACGUGUGACGAGAUUCUGGCCCAAGCUGAGGAGGCUGUCGCUGCCCACAAAGCCGAACUUCGGGGCAUGCAGGAGCGAGGUGAGGUAAUCUCAUCCUCCCUUCGCCAGAAGGCCAUUCUCUUCUCCUUCCGGGGCAUCCAGGGCAUCAACGCCGAAACUGUUGUUGCACGCCACUACGAACUGAAGGCCCUUGUCGAACAUUUCAAGCGGGUUGAGGAUCCCGACAACUACGCGAUCCCCCAUGACAACCUCAAGCCAACAAUGAACUGGUCCGUGGAGUGGGGUGCAAUCCACGACUCCAAGCUUCUUGUCGGUGUCUGGAAGUAUGGCUUUGGCGCCUGGGACCAGAUCAAGGCGGACCCUGCGCUCCAGCUCGCAGACAUGAUCUUCCUUGAAGAUCCCAAGGUCGUCAAGGACCCCAGUGCCCCGAAAGCGGGUAUCCCGGGACCCAUACAUCUCGUUCGCCGCGGUGACUACCUCUGUGGUUUGAUCCGCGAAUAUGAGGAGAACCGCCGUAUGCUCAUCGAGCAACAGGCGGUCAUUGAGAGCAUGCCGGUCAAGGAGGGCUUUGGAUACGACCACCCGCCAUUGCCAGUGCCUUCAGGCUUUGCUCCGAGCACCAGCUCGACUCGCGCUGCACCAGCUUCUCGUUCUGGCGGUGGUGGGGCCAGUGCGUCUGCGGCGGCGGCUGCUGCUGCUGCUGCUGGUGACAAGGGCAAGAGAAGAAAGACUCCGGAGUACACGGAUUCGGAGGACGAGGAGAGUUACGAGUCGAUGGACGAGGAUGCCGUCAAAGAGGCCCUUCGUCCAGCCAAGAAGCAUUUGAAAAAGCUCAAGUCUGGUACCGAGCAUCUCAGCCGCGAGGAGAAGAUUGCCGCUCUCAAGGAAUGUGUGGCAGGCAUCGGCUCUCGAAUCGACGAAAUCGUGACGGAGAAGACGGCACUUGGCCAGGAUGGUUCCAAGUGGCGCAAGCACUGCUGGGUCUUUGCCAGUUUCUUCUGGCCAAGACAAGGCGUCAACUACGCCAAACUCAUGGACAUCCAUUCAAAGCUUGGAGCUCAAGGAAAGGAGUCAAGUCCGGCGCCCAAAAAGGCAAAGGCGAAGCGCAAGGGAGACGGUAGUGACCCGGACCCGUUCGCCGCAACCGCUAUGCUGCAUGUGUCGCGUGCCGCGUUGCGCGGAGCGUGUGCUCUCAGGAUCGGCCGUCGUGCACGCGAUGCACAGAAACGGGGACGCAGUACCGAGGAGUCACCGACCGACGACCCCGGACUGUCACGGACCAACAGUAUACCCUCGCUGCACGGAAUCCCGCGACCGGUGCUCGACCGGCAUCUCGAGGCCUUCUUCACGUACGUCUACCCGAUCCAAGCGAACGCCAUUGUCCAUCGCGGAACACUGCUACGAGACGUUGCCGACGGACGCGUAGCACGCAAGGUCAUUCUGGCCAUCUGCGCUGUCGCCGCGCGGUUUGUGUCACCGCCCACCACGUCUACACCGCCCGGUGCACCGCCUCCGCCGUUAGCGGGUAGCGUCGCCGCCCAGGCCUGGGGGACCGAGUCCAAGGCUGCCCUUAUGGAGGACGACAUGAGCCUUGACAACGUGACCACCGCCCUCAUCCUCGCCAAGCAUGAGAUCAACUCCGGCCGCUUCGGCCGUGGCUUUGUCCUGGCGGCUGUGGCGACCCGCACAGCACUGGCGCUUGGCCUCCAUCGCGAGCUCCCUCCCGACGACCCCGCAUCGGUAACUGAGCGCGAAACGCGACGACGGCUCAUGUGGGGCUGCUACUCGCUGGACAGAAUGAUGUCAACAGGCGUGGCAGAGUUCCUUGCGGUUCCAGCAAGGAGCAUGAGCAUCCGCUUGCCCUGUGACGAUCAGCAGUACCAGUUCGCCAUACCGACCGAGGUACCUGUCCCCGCUAUUGAAACAGAGGGCGAAGGGGAAGCGCUGCAGGAGCGCUACAACGAUGUCGGUAUCCUCGGUCAUCAUCUCAGGCUGCAGGGUAUCCGGGCGAUUGUCUUGCGCAGCUCAAGGAACAGAAACGCCGCGGUCGACCUGCCACCAUGGGAGCCAGGAUCAACAUUCGCUGUGGCGGAACGCAAGCUCAAUGCGUGGCGGGCCUCGCUUCCACCUCAGUUCCAGCUCGAACGAGAGACAAUCUACGCACGGCAUUAUCAGAAUCAGCUCACGCCACUCGUGAUGCUUCAUGUCUGGUACGAGAUCAACCAUGCCGAAUUGUACCGCCUCGCGAUGCCUGGCUUCCCGGAAUCACUCGAGCCUGGGAUCGCUGCGGCCGCGCCUCCAGGAUGGAUCGAGACAACUCGUGACGCCUGCUACGCCCAUGCGCAGAUGGUGGCCAGGACGAUCCGACACGUCUGCAGCAUUGUUGACCAGGACACGUUACUCUUCGGUGACAAUGCCCUUCCAAUCUGCGUCCUAGAAAGCGCGGCAGAGCUUGCAGAGCUUAGCGCAGACAUCGAGAUCAUGGAUGCCUUCCUUAUGAGGAUGGCUGUUCACUUCAGACAAGCAAAGUGGCUCGCCGAUGCCUUUGGCUUCACUGAGACGACGUACAACAUGACAGAGUGGAACACGGCCCCGCUCGAAGUCAACCACGAGGACGUCAAUGCCAUCUUGGGGCAGUUUGAACAGACGCAGACGGGAACGGGUGGCAUGGGGUCAUUCCUCGCCACGUUUGCCGACUGGGUGGCCACGGGCUACGAUCCGAGUGUCAACAUGACCAGCGACCAAGCGACCUUUGGCUCGUCCGGAAUCUAACAUAGAAUAGAAGCCAUCGCUGAGCGCGGCACAGGCUGAGGCACUAUUUGAUACAAUGAAUAUAUAAUAUGUUGUCCACACGCUCGCGCCUACGAGCUGCUACCCUCGCCAGUGCCCGAGUUGCUGCCCUCGCGGUAGGCGGCAAAGACCUCGUCCCAGGCCUUCUUGCCGCCCGACUCGAUCACGUCGCCGUGGCAGGGAAUGAUGAGGUCAAACUUGGCGGCGAAGAUGGGCGCGAGCUGCUUGAUGCCGAGCUCCUUGUCCUUGAUGACGUCGUUGGCGAACCGCGAGUGGAGGAUACCGCCCGGGCUGAGCGAGUGGCCGCCGCCGAGCAGACGAAUCCAGUACGGCAGCCCGCCGGCGCGCGAGUACUGCUCCGUCGCGGGGAGGUUGAAGAGCAGGUCGGCCUCGAGGAGGGUGCCGGAGGGGUGGUGGAUCGCAGCGAGCUCGUCGUUGACGUGCGCCGAGACGUUGACGAGGGUGAUCUCGUCCUCAAAGCCAUACUUCUUGUCCUCGCCACCGGCACGGAAGAGGCCAGCCCACUUGACCUCGGGCUUCUGGUGGCCGAAGCGCUUGACGCCAAUCGCCUGCGCGUCGGGGAACUGCUCGGCCCAGGCCUUGAUGUUCAUUCCGUGCUCGCCGUCCGGGGUGACGAGCCACUUGACCUUGCCGCCGAGCUUCUUGAGGGCCUCGUCGGUAGCGUUGGUGUAAGGGUGCGAGACGUAGACGAAGAUGUCCUCGCCGUUCUGGAGACGGAUGGCGGUCGAGCGUCCGCCGAUCGGGACCCAGCCGAAGCGCGCAAAGGGGAUGCUGAAGGUGAGCAGGCCGGGGACGACCUCGCGAAUCACGAGGUUGGCAUCGCGAGGGUCGGAGGAACCGGAAGCGAGCUGGUCGAAGGGCGUGCUGCUGGCCAUUGUUGCGAAGAAACGGUGUGCGAGUGGCGACUUUGAAGAGAGGGAUAGAGGGUUGUAACGACGAAGGGCAAUGUUCAUGAGAAGAGAUCUCGUGUGUUAAUCGAGGAGGCGCGAGGUGUUUGCGCUACACCGAAGGCAGAAAUCGAG